AUUAUCUUGCCAUUUCUCAAAAAGGCACGGUUGGAGUCGAUUAGGCAUUUUUCAGGCGUAAAAAUCGACCGUUAUCUCAUCACUGCAUUGGUGGAGAGAUGGCGAAAAGAGGCACAUUGGUUCAACUUUCGAGAAGGAGAGUGGACCAGCACACUAAAGGAUGUCGCCAUCCUAACCCAUCUGCCCAUCGAUGGCAGAGCGGUGUGUGUGAGUGAUCAUCCUCUGGGGGAUGUUGGCGAUAUGACCAGUUGCCAGCAUUUGAUCUAUAGUGUUUUGGGGGUGCAAAUUCCGGUCAAGGGGAACGUUGAUGCGACAGAUCGCUUAGCACCAUUGAGGACCAACCAAGUAUCAAUCACUUGGUUGACGAAGUGGAUGAAGAACCUGAACCAUCCUACAAAAGGUGGGGUGCCCCUAGCCGAGGAAAGUCCAGAGGAGGUGAAGGAAAUAUAUGCUUGUGUCUAUCUCAUAGGCAUGAUAAGAGGAGUGUUCUUACCCAAGAAAUCCAACAAUUUAAUUAGCUGUGGAUGGCUUGAGAUCCUCCUCGGAAAUUGGGAUGCGAUGGGGGAGUUGAGCUAG